AUGCUAAGAAUUUGUGUUAGAAGGUCACGUAUAAGGAUCACCCUUCCAAAAGCAUGUCCAGUACUGCUGACAAGGAAGGGUCAUCUUCAUAUAAGUACUGGAGUAAGAGUCGAAUCGAGCGGUAUAAACAAACAUCACUCUAAUAAAGUACAUGUUGAAGUAAACGAGUUACAAAAACAAGCUGAAAUCGAAAAGGCUGCAAUACAAGAAUUGGAAAAAAAUCCUCAAUACCAGAAACUAGCAGAGGCAUUCAACACUCAUGAUCAUGUUCAUUUACGCGAAUCAGAGACAGAACAAAACGAUUUAAUUUCAUUAGGCACGAUACGAGACUACAAUAGUAAACGUGAGCACGUGCAUGAAUCUUCUUCUUCAAAUCUGCAUUCUCAUACACAUUCUCAUGGACAUACCCAUUCUCACGCUACACACAACCCAUUAUUAGUACUCAGUACUGAGCAGAUUAGAAAGAAUGCAGGCGUAAGAAUUACGUGGGUAGGUUUAGGUGUAAACGUUGGCAUUGCCAUAGGCAAGUUUUUUGGCGGUAUCGUAUUCCAUUCGCAGGCAUUGUUUGCAGAUGCCAUCCACGCAAUAAGUGAUAUGGUGUCUGAUUUAUUAACCUUACUUUCAGUAGGGCUAGCAGCCAACAAGCCAACGUCUGACUAUCCAUACGGGUAUGGGAAAAUUGAAACUGUCGGUUCCCUGGCAGUAUCCACAAUAUUAGCCAUGGCUGGUAUAUCUAUAGGUUGGAGUUCUUUGUGCGCGCUUGUAGGGCCCAUAAUUCCACAUGCAAUUAUUGACACUUUAGGAAAUCUAGGUCAUACUCAUACUUAUUCUGAAGACAUUAUCGAAGAUGUUACUGAUAUCAAUGCCGCUUGGAUUGCCGCCGCUUCCAUUGCAGCUAAAGAGUGGAUCUUUCGGGCCACAAGAAAGAUUGCCAUCGACACUAGUUCAAAUGUGCUAAUGGCAAAUGCUUGGCAUCAUCGUGUUGAUUCACUAACUUCUCUUGUUGCUUUGGUGGCAAUUAGUACGGGCUAUUUAGUUAAUAUACAAUCAUUAGACACAAUUGGUGGUUUAAUUGUUUCGGGGUUGAUUAUUAAAGCAGGUGGUGAAGGUAUGUGCAUUGCUAUAAAGGAGCUAAUCGACCAAUCUGUCUCUCAUGAUGAUCCACGCUACCUGGAGAUAGAAGCUCUAGUCAAGGAUACGUUAAACAAAAUGAUUUCUAAUAACAAUUCCAAGAAACCCUAUGGUUUAAAAGAGUUAACAUUACUAUCUUCAGGACCCAAUUUACGUGGACAUUUAACCUUAGAAGUUCCUUUACAAAAAUGGGGUAAUGUUUUAGGCCUUAACGAGUUUGAAAUUGUAACACAUCAUUUACGUGACAUAUUAACCAAUGACCUAUCAAAUUUGAGAAGACUGGACAUCGAAUAUGUGGAAGCUAAAAAAGAAGAGGAAAAUGAUCAAGAAAAAAAAUCACAGAAUUACAAAGAAAAUGUUCUUUUCAAGCACAAUCACGCGCACACUCAUAAUUGA